AUGAAGCUGGGGCUUACGGCGAAGGAUUUGUGCCUGAUGAGGGAAGCUCUGUAUCUGAAUGAACAGUUCUCGUCUCGAUCCCAGCGAGAGGUGAAGAGCAUCUCGGCGAUGCCAAACCAGCCACAAGCAGCGGAGCCCCCCGACCCCCCAGAUCCACGAGACCGGGUCUCUCAUCCGUCGUGCAAGGGGGCUCUCGCUUGGCUUAGUCAAGCGUUUCACGUUCGAGAGGGUCAUGGAGAACCUUCUCCCUUCCCAUCGCGGCAAGGAUCUAAUCUGGGUAACCGGAUAGGGUUUCUGGAGAUGACUGGGGUCCCUGCUCUUCCGGCGAUGGCUGGGGUUUCCGGCUCACCGUCAAUGUGUAGCACCGGAUAUGGAACCGCAACCGCCCCAAGCAUCCAAAUCUGGUAUGUAAAAGGUUUGAGCCUGGCUUGUUCACUGAGAUCCGACUCCCGCAAGCCCUCACCGGAUCCACCUUCCAUUCCGACGGGUUCGCCACUAGUGAAACAUCAGAUCCACCUCCCUCUGCCUUGGUUUAAACUGACCAGAGCUAUCUCCGGUAAUUUUUGUCAGCCGGAACCAUGGUCUUACCCGAUGCUGCCACAAUAUUCCGAGAUGUAUCAGAGUUGGGCUAGACCCAUGAGUUCUUUCAAAAGUGGGCUUUGCUAG